GUCACAGGGUCCCGCUGUUAAAGCGCUUAAUCCGCGGGGGGCGUCCGGCUGUCCCGCACCUUCACGCGCCUGUGACACGGACGGACACUCGCGCUCAGCACAGCACAGUAACGGGCGCGCGCAGCUUCUGCAUUUCCCAGGUCUCUCUUAUUCCGCGGAUCCGCCGAAGGUCCCGCUGAUUGUGACUUGUUGUCGUUACCGACGCGCUUGGAAACGGCCGCGAUAGUUACAGCGGCCCGUGCAUGGAUGCAUCAUGUCUUCGUUUGUGUGCCGGGUUCAGUUCUUAGACGACACCGAUCCGUUCAACAGCACCAAUUUCCCGGAACCGACCAGACCUCCUCUCUACACCUUCAGAGAAGAUAUUCCUCUCAUCAAUCAGAUCGCAGGAGUCCACAGACUCCUCAAAGCUCCUCACAAGCUCGAUGACUGCGCUCUGCAGCUCUCACACACCGGUGUGUAUCUGGAUCUGGAGUCGACGCUGGACGAGCAGAGAGAUGAACUGGAGGGAUUUCAGCAGGAAGACUGCGGAGGGAGGGGGAAGAAGCACAGUGUGAUUUUACGGACUCAGCUGAGCGUCCGUGUUCACGCGUGUAUCGAGAAGCUGUAUAACUCAAAUGGCCGUGACCUGAGGAGGGCGCUGUUUUCCCUCAAGCAGAUAUUCCAGGACGAUAAGGACCUGGUGCAUGAGUUCGUGAUGGCUGAAGGUCUCACGUGUUUGAUCAAGGUCGGCGCUGAAGCGGAUCAGAACUACCAGAACUACAUCCUCAGAGCGCUCGGUCAGAUCAUGCUGUAUGUGGACGGGAUGAAUGGGGUCAUAGGUCACCCCGAGACCAUCGAGUGGCUCUACCUGCUCAUCGGCUCAAAGUUUCGUCUGGUGGUGAAGACGUGUCUGAAGCUGCUGCUGGUGUUUGUGGAGUAUUCAGAGUCCAACGCAGCGCUGCUCAUCCAGGCCAUCAGCGCUGUGGACACUCAGAGAGGCUGUAAGCAGUGGUCAAACGCGAUGGAGAUUUUAGCGGAGAAAGACGGUGUGGACACAGAGCUGCUGGUGUAUGUGAUGACCCUCAUCAACAAGACGCUGGCGGCGCUGCCCGAUCAGGACUCCUUCUAUGACAUGGUGGAUGUUCUGGAGGAGCAGGGCAUGGAGAGCGUGUCCCAGCGCUAUCUGGGCCGCAAGGGAACCGACCUGGACCUGCUGGAGCAGCUCAACAUCUAUGAGGCGACUCUUCGUCACGAGGACGGUGAUGAGGACGGUUUGCCUCCGUCCUGCGCUCGGCGGGACAGACGGCGGUCCAGCGUCGGCCCAGGAGAGAGGCGGGGCUUGGAGAGACGCCGCAGUCGCAGGCAUUCAUUGGGCAGGUCAGGACACGCCUCCCCGCUCAGCCCCGCCUCCCCACACCGCUCGAAGUUUAACGGACAGGAGAUCAACGAGAGAGCUCAUGUGACUCAUGAAUGUCUCCCGGUGAUAGAGGAGGAUGAGGAGGAAACUCCCGUCACAGAGUCGGGUGAUGAUGAUGAUGAUGAUGAGGGGGAAAUUAACCCUUCUAAUCACAGUAUCAUCAGCGCCGCCGACAGUAAAUCAGAGCACUGUGACAAACACACACCUGAGGAAGAGGAGGAGAGGAAGGCCCCGCCCCCUCCUGACUCCGCCCAGCCGUCUCUCCUGGCCAGUCUGCUCGUGCGCCGCAAGUCGUCCGUCAGCGUCCCGGCGUCCAAUGAGAUCAGCCCUCCGCUGCGAGGCUCCGCCCGUCUGCCGUACCUGCCGCACUCGCCGUUCUUCCUCUUCUCCUACGAUGUAGAGGAGGAGAAACCAGCGGAGAAGAACAGCAGGUCUUUUUCUGCUGUGAGUUCUCCAUCUACACCAAACAAACAACAGAACGAACGGCCUGCUCUCGGCGGCCUCAUCUCCUCCUCGUACCGGCAGCAUCAGGAGUCUCUGGCCGCGGAGAGAGAGAGACGGCGCGUGGAGCGAGAGGAGCGACUGCAGAGGAUCGAGAGAGAGGAGCGCAAUCGACAGAGUCGGGACUAUGUGUCGAACAUGGAGGAGGCCAGACACGCUCGAGAGGAGAGGUUUAAGACGGCGGAGCGACUGGCCGCGGAGGAGUUCGAGCGAGAGCGACUGCGUUCAGCACCUCGAGGUCUCAGCCUCACUCUGAGCCCGACAGAUACCUGUCAAUCAUCCCGCAGCGACACGCCCUCCCCUGUGACAUCACAGGAUGAGCAGGACACACCUGUCACGUCGUACCUGCCCUCUGAACCAGACACCAAUGAUGUAGAACCGGAUGUGGAGGCGAGUCUAGAACCGGAGGAGAAGCUUACAGAACCCAGAGAAGAACCGGAAGAGGAAGUGGAGGAGAUAAGUGCGGAACAGGAAGUGGGCGGAGCCGAGGAGCAGGUUGCAGAGGAAGAGGAAGAGGAGGGGUCUGAACGGGAAGCGCCGGAUGGAGAAGCGGAGGACAGCGGGAUCUUGAGUGAUAAAGAACGACAGAACGAAGAAGUGAACGAGAAGGAUAACUGCUCCGCCUCCAGCAUAUCUUCAGCCAGUAGUACACUAGAAAGGGAAGAUCGACUCAGUGCAGGUGCAGAGACAGCAGGUCAGUGGCCUGUGAAUGACCAGCGAAACAAGAUCCUCGACAGCAAACUCUUCAUGCUGGACAUGCUCUACUCACAGAGCAAAAAACCCUCGGAGGAAGACGAGGAAGAAGAGGAGCUGGGCGAGGACAAAGAGCGAGACGGAAGGGAGAAAGAGCAGGCUGAGGAUUCGUCUGUGUCGACGCAGGACACGACGGCACAGGAAGAGAGCGUCUGUACGACUGAAGGAGACAAGAAAGUGGAGAACCAGAGCAACGUACGGGCGUUCGCCGAGCGCUUUGGAGAUCUGGUGAAGGGUCUCACUUCUCCACCGAUAGAAACGCAGGAACCUCCUCCACAACCUCCUCCGCCACCUCCGAAAAAGGAGUCAGACUGCAUAUGGGACCAGCUGAUGGCGAGUCCGCGGGAUCUGCGCAUCGGCGACAUCGACUUCACCGACCUCGGAGACGAGGACGAUCAGGACGUCCUGGAUUCCGGAAGUUUAUUGAGUUCUGGAGAUCUGCUGGCUCCGCCCCCUCCUCCACCCUGUCCAUUUAACCUCCCGGCCCCGCCCCCAAUGUUCGCCUGCCCUCCGCCCCCUCCCGUCUUCAGCAUCCGCAUGCCUCCGCCCCCUCCGUGCUUCUCCAACCAGGCUCCGCCCCCUCCUCAGCAGCAGGCGGAGCAACCGCCGCUCUUCCAGAAGAAGAAGAAGACCAUCAGGCUGUUCUGGAGCGAAGUCCGGCCCGCCGACUGGAUCUUCCGCAACCACAAACGGAGCCAAGAGUCGCUCUGGUCCAGACUUGAACCUGUCAAACUUGACACCUCUAAACUUGAGCAUCUGUUUGAGAGCAAAUCCAAGGAGAUGCCCACGGCUAAGAAAACCGCAGCAGAUGGGAAGCGCCAGGAGAUUAUUGUUCUGGAUUCCAAGCGCAGCAACUCCAUCAACAUCGGCCUGACGGUUCUUCCGCCGCCGCGCACCAUCAAAACCGCCAUACUGAACUUUGAUGAGUAUGCACUCAACAAAGAGGGCAUCGAGAAAAUCCUGACGAUGAUUCCCACAGAAGAAGAGACGCAGAAGAUCCAGGAAGCUCAGCUGGCGAGUCCUGACAUUCCGCUGGGCAGCGCGGAGCAGUUCCUCCUGACGCUGUCCUCCAUCAGCGAGCUCUCGGCGCGUCUGCAGCUCUGGGCCUUCAAACUCGACUAUGAAGCCACGGAGAAGGAAGUGGCUGAGCCACUACAGGACCUGAAGGAGGGCAUGGAUCAGCUGGAGAAAAACAAAACACUGCGGUUUAUCCUGUCCACUCUGCUGGCGAUUGGAAACUUCCUGAACGGCACAAACGCUAAAGGCUUCGAUCUGAGCUAUCUGGAGAAGGUUCCUGAAGUGAAGGACACGGUCCAUAAACAGUCUCUCCUGCAUCACGUCUGCAGUCUCGUGGUGGAGAACUUCCCCGAGAGCACGGACCUGUACUCGGAGAUCGGAGCCGUCACGCGCUCCGCCAAGGUGGAUUUUGAGCAGCUGCAGGAGAGCCUGACUCAGAUGGAGUGGCGCUGCAAAGCAUCAUGGGACCAUCUGAAAGUCAUCGCAAAGCACGAGAUGAAGCCGGCGCUGAAGCAGAAGAUGUCGGACUUCCUGAAGGACUGCGCCGAGAGGAUCAUCAUCCUCAAAAUAGUCCACCGCAGAAUCAUGAACAGGUUUCAUUCGUUCCUGCUGUUCCUGGGUCAUCCGGCCUACAGCGUUCGGGAAAUCAGCGUGACCCGCUUCAGCAAGAUCAUCAGCGAGUUCGCGCUGGAGUACCGGACCACACGCGACCGCGUCCUGCAGCAGAAACAGAAACGGGCCGACCACAGAGAGAGGAACAAGACGCGCGGCAAGAUGAUCACGGACAUCAACACACAGACGGAUGAUGAAGAGGACAGUGAGGCAGGUCGUGUGUGUGUGAGCAGCAGCAGCACUCCUCCUGUAGGGCCGCAGACGGAGCCGCAGAGUUUGAGUCACGCUGAAGAAGCGGCCGAACACGAGCAGAUGAAGGCCGUGCUGAAGACCAGCCUACAGAGCAGCGACAGCGACAGCACCGUGGUGCCGGGCCUGCGGACGCGCACACGCACACGAGCCAGCAGAGGCCGAACUCCAUUAGCUGCUGCAAACGAAGAAUCCCAGUGUGUGACAGACGACGCUGCCGAUGAGAUCAUGGAGAGGAUUGUGCGUUCAGCAACUCAGAGUCCUAGAGAAAGAGCGCAACCCCGUGAACGACGACGCUCGCGGGCAAACCGAAAAUCAUUGAGAAGGACUCUGAAGGGCGGUCUGACCCCAGAAGAAGCCCAGGCACUGGGAUUCGACACGUCAGAGAUGCCGGUGUAACGGGACGUCCCGACUGAACCACACUGACGCUUUUGCCUUCAGCAGAACUCACCUCAGGACAACAGAAUACCCAAGAUACCAGAGUAACAUCUGUCUAAUGAAACAGCUGAUCUUAUAUAGAGCUACACUCCCUCUGCUCCGCCUUCUUUAUAUGCAUUUCAUUCUAAGCCACGCCCUCUCAUUACAUCACACCUCACCAGCCAAUCACAGGCCUGCACUGUGACUUUUUAAAAAAGACGUCAAACAAAAGGUGAGAAUAUGUUUUUACCCCCGACUGAACACUAACUCAGGGUUUUGACUGUAUUUUAAUUAUUUUUAUUUAAAACUCGUCUCAAAUAGAAAACACAGAAGAGUGAUGAAAUGAAGCUUUAAAUCACUUUGUUUGCAUCAGUCAGAUCAGUAAAAUUGUUUUAAUCAGGCUGUGGUCUGAUACUUUGGUUUAUUUAUUGUAAAAUGUAUAAGAUGAGAGCAUUAAAUAUGUUUAUUUUUCCGGUUUCGGACCGUGAAACAGCUUUAAGACACACACAGACUCAGACGUUUCCACCAUCGGAUUUUAUAAAAGUUUUAUAUCUUUUGCCAUAUUUUGCCAUAUUCUGGUAUGUUUAAAUGACGUGGGUCUGUGCUUUUUGAAAAAUGACCCGUUUCAUGACAGCAAAAUGCUACGAAUCCACUGCUGGCGUUUCUUGUUUUGGUCUUCCGGUUUCUGUAGGCGUCUUUCGGUUGAGAGUGUGUUAUAGUAGAUUUCAAUGUGCCUUUGACACAGAAGGAACUAGAAUAAUAAACUCAUUCAUGUGGUUUGGCCAAAUCUAAGGAUUCGUUGCAUCGUACGGUAGAGCUGCACGAUUAAUAAUUAAAAGAUUGCGAUCUUGAUUCAAACACCCAUGCCAUCUGAUUCCUAAAUGACAAUGAUUCUGCUGUGUCUAUUAAACCUUUGAUAAAAUCACAUCAAACAUUCAGCCAGAGAGAGCCGUUGUCAUGUUUCAGCUUCAUAAACAGUCUUUUCAAACACACAGUGUCAUUAUUUCUCUCACAAUAAUUCAAAUGAUCACAGAAACGGGGUAAAAGUUUAUAGUUCGGAUAAACACUGAUGUCUACGGUAGCAAUUAAAAUAGAGCAAAUCACCUUUUGAAAGUAACUUGGCGCUUCAAAUAAAGAUUGUAUCGAUAACAUCAGUACACCAGUAGGUGGCGACAAGUGACUGUUAAAAAUGUAUCUGUCAUUGAAUCAUUCACUCAAGAGAUUCGUUCAAAAAUGCUGAUUCAUCCAGUAAUGAAACAAGUGAAGUAUUUAUGAGUCAUUGAAUCAUUCACUCAAGAGAUUUGUUAAAAAACGCUGAUUCUUUCAGUAAUGAAACAAGUAUUUAUGAGUGAGUCAUUGAAUCAUUUACACAAGAGAUUUGUUAAAAAACGCUGAUUCUUUCAGUAAUGAAACAAGUAUUUAUGAGUGAGUCAUUGAAUCAUUCACUCGAGAUUCUUUCAAAAACACUGAUUCUUACAGUAAUAAAACAAAUGAAGUAUUUAUGAGUGAGUCACUGAAUCAUUCACGCAAGAGAUUUGUUCAAAAACGCUGUUUCAUUCAGUAAUGAAACAAGUUAAGUCUUAAUGAGUCAUUGAAUCAUUCACUCAAGAGAUUCAUUCAAAAACACUGAUUCUUUCAGUAAUAAGUGGGCUUUAUGAGUGAGUCAUUGAAUAAUUCACUCAAGAGAUUCCUUCAAACACGCUGAUUCAUCCAGUAAUGAAACAAGUAUUUAUGAGUGAGUCAUUGAAUCAUUCACUCAAGAGAUUCCUUCAAACACGCUGAUUCAUCCAGUAAUGAAACAAGUGAAGUCUAUAUGAGUGAGUCAUUGAAUCAUUCGCUCAAGAAAUUCAUUCAGAAAUGCUGAUUCAUCCAGUAAUGAAACAAGUAUUUAUGAGUGAGUCAUUGAAUAAUUCACUCAAGAGAUUCCUUCAAACACGCUGAUUCAUCCAGUAAUGAAACAAGUGAAGUCUAUAUGAGUGAGUCAUUGAAUUAUUUGCUCAAGAAAUUCAUUCAGAAACACUGAUUCAUCCAGUAAUGAAACAAGUAUUUAUGAGUGAGUCAUUGAAUCAUUUGCUCAAGAAAUUCAUUCAGAAACGCUGAUUCAUCCAGUAAUGAAACAAGUGAAGGAUUGAAUCAUUCAUUCAAACCAAUUUUUUAAAAUAUUCAUUCUAAUUAAGUAAACAUUUUUAAAUAGACUGCAGCAAUUAAUAUUUUAUCAGAACCUCUAGUAAUUUGUUAUUUUAUUUAGCUGUCUGUUCAGAAUCAUGAUCUCUAUUUGGAACAAAAUAAUCAUGAUUCUCAAUUUAUCCAGAAUCGUGCAGCUCUAUGGUAUAUUCUUACAUUCUCCAGGUCCUGCUUCUGAUUGUCUGUGUUUGCAAGAUGUUUUUGUUGGUUCAAGCUGUAAUGAGAACCAUCAUGUUGCACCUUAACAUCCAUUAAUAUGGGGUUUUUAUGAGAAAACAAGACUUAUAUAAAUAACUAAAGAUUUUUAUGAAAUCUACAGCAGAUGCAUUCUAUCUCCAAAAAUUAUUCUAAAUGUACAGAACGGUCAAACUGUUUUUGACGAUGAACAAGACUGUAAAAAUGUUAAUGCCCUUUUGUUUUAUUAUUUUGUAGAUUGCUGUCUGAUAGUUUUUCCUGUACAUGUUAAUUUAAGAAAGACAACUGAAGCCAUGAACGCCACACAGUGUUAGAGGACGUGCUCAGAUGUUGUCAGCAAAAAAAAAAACCUAGCUUUUAGUUUACAGUGUUUGAACAGAAACUUGAGUUUUUCAGAACACAAAACACAGACUUGCACGAUCCACACCACUCUGUUUUACCUUGUUAAAGCCUGUAAUGUUUAGUAGGGAACUCACUUUGCAGAAUUGAAAGCCUUGUACUGUAACAUUUUUCCACUUUGAUCCGCAUGUGUUCACAGCUGGCAAUAAACCCUUUCUGAAGUAA